GCGGGAGAAGAGGAAGACCGGAAGGGGGUGGGGAUGUGGAGAGACCGUCCCAGCCUUCCCCGCCCGCCACCCCCACCCCAACUCGGCAGCCGUCACGUGGUGCCUGGAGAGGGAGGUGGGGAGAAACGGCGAGACUUUUGUGGGUGCUCGGGAUCGCCAGUAGUUCCUUCAGUCUCAGCCGCCAACUCCGGAGGCGCGGUGCUCGGCCCGGGAGCGCGAGCGCGAGGAGCGGAGACCCGCAGCCGGGAGCCCGAGCGCGGGCGAUGCAGGCGCCGCGAGCGGCACCUGCGGCUCCUCUAAGCUACGACCGUCGUCUCCGCGGCAGCAGCGCGGGCCCCAGCAGCUUCGGCAGCCACAGCCGCUGCAGCCGGGGCAGCCUCCGCUGCGGUCGCCUCCUCUGAUGCGCCUGCCCGCUCCUGGCCCCGGGACUCCGGGAGAAUGUGGGUCCUAGGCAUCGCGGCAACUUUUUGCGGAUUGUUCUUGCUUCCAGGCUUUGCGCUGCAAAUCCAGUGCUACCAGUGUGAAGAAUUCCAGCUGAACAACGACUGCUCCUCCCCCGAGUUCAUCGUGAAUUGCACGGUGAACGUUCAAGACAUGUGUCAGAAAGAAGUGAUGGAGCAAAGUGCCGGGAUCAUGUACCGCAAGUCCUGUGCAUCAUCAGCGGCCUGUCUCAUCGCCUCUGCUGGGUACCAGUCCUUCUGCUCCCCGGGGAAACUGAACUCAGUUUGCAUCAGCUGCUGCAACACCCCUCUUUGCAACGGGCCAAGGCCCAAGAAAAGGGGAAGUUCUGCCUCAGCCCUCAGGCCAGGGCUCCCCACCACCAUCCUGCUCCUCAAAUUAGCCCUCUUCUUGGCACACUGCUGAAGCUGAAGGAGAUGCCACCCCCUCCUGCAUUGUUCUUCGAGCCCUCGCCCCCACCUCCCUGAGUUUCUUCUGGGUGUCCUUUAAUUCUGGGUAAGGGUAGGGAGCGGGAGUCCGUGUUCUUUUUUGUUCCUGUGCAAAUAAUGAAAGAGCUCGGUGUAAAGCGUUCUGAAUAAAUUCAGUCUGACUGAAUUUUCAGUAUGUACUUGAAGAAAGGAGGUGGAGUGAAAGUUCACCCCCAUGUCUGUGUAACCAGAGGUCAAGGCCAGGCUGGCAGAGUCAGUCCUUAGAAGUCACGGAGGUGGGCAUCUGCCUUUUGCAAAGCCUCCAGUGUCCAUUCCAUCCCUGAUGGGGGCAUAGUUUAUUUUGAGACUGCAGAGUGAGGGUGACGUUUUCUUGGGGCUGGAGGGCCAGUUCCCACUCAAGGCACCCUCGCUUGACGUUCAAACUUCAUGCUCCUGAAAACCAUUCUCUGCAGCAGAAUUGGCUGGUUUUGUGCCUGAGUUGGGCUCUAGUGACUCGAGACUCAAUGGCUGGGACUUAGACUGGGGCUCGGCCUCGCUCUGAAAAGUGCUUAAGAAAACCUUGUUAGUUCUCCUUGCAGAGGACUGGCGCCGGGACGCGAAGAGCAGCGGGCGCUGCACAAAGCGGGCGCUGUCGGUGGUGGAGUGCGCGUGGGCGCGCAGGCGCUUCUCGUGGUUGGCGUGCUGCAGUGACAGGCGGCAGCACAGCACCUGCACGAACACCCGCCGAAACUGCUGCGAGGACACCGUGUACAGGAGCGGGUUGAUCACCGAGCUGAGGUAGAAGAACGUCUCGGAGAAGGGGAGGAGGAUCAUGUACGCCCGGAAGUAGGACCUCGUCCAGUCGUGCUUGGGUUUGGCCGCAGCCAUGAUCCUCCGAAUCUGGUUGGGCAUCCAGCAUACGGCCAAUGUCACCACAAUCAGCCCUGGGCAGACACGAGCAGGAGGGAGAGACAGAAAAGAGAAAAACACAGCAUGAGAACACAGUAAAUAAAUAAAUAAAACCAUAAAAUAUUUAGCCCCUCUGUUCUGUGCUUACUGGCCAGGAAAUGGUACCAAUUUUUCAGUGUUGGACUUGACAGCUUCUUUUGCCACAAGCAAGAGAGAAUUUAACACUGUUUCAAACCCGGGGGAGUCGGCUGUGUUAAAGACCAUUAAAUGCUUUAGACAGUGUAUU